AUGUCUGAUAGCCCGGUAACAUGGUCCACGAACAGAACCCAUUCGGUCAGUGGUGAUGCCGGAAUGCCGGGUCCCACGGCGAGUACUCCACCCCUGGGUAGACCGGUGAAUCUCUUUGUCUUUUGGUUCACUCUUCUCUCCAGCAUCCUCAUCCUCCUGGGCAGCGUCUACUCGCUCGUUUGCCUGCUCAGGACGAGGAACAGGAAUUCCCUGGUGGUGAUCGUGGCCUCGCUCUCCGCCGAUGACCUUCUCUACGUGGUGGCGGUGACAAUAUUCAUGUCCCUUCAGUGGGCGAGUGAGGUGGUGCUGACCUCCGUCUGCUCCGCAGCGGCAGUGCUCUACUUACUGCACGGGGUCUCCAGUGCCCUCAAGUCUUCGUUGAUUGUCAUCUAUAACUACUACACCACCAGUCGCUCCGGUCUUUGCAGAGGGAGCCGGACAUGCAUCCCCAUGAGCUGGCUCCUGGUCAUUUUCUGGGGCUUCAGCCUGUUAGUGUGUCUGUUGCCCGUUUGGGGAUGGGGUUCCUUCGUCCCAACGCCCUGGGGAUGCCUCGCCGACCACAGAAGCUCUUACGUGACAUUCCUCUUUGGUUUGUACUCCCUUUGUUUCGUUGUCCUCAUUGGCUUCUCCGUCCCCCUCGCCUACAAACUGCUUUGCUCCGAUUGGCAACAUCACGGACCCCUCUCGCCCAAUUACCACCAAGUGACAGACGGCGCGACUCCGGCCAGCAAAGUCUCCGUCUUGGAGGACCCGGAGGACAGAACUUUAAGGACUGGCAUAAACCAGAGCAACGAUAUCCAUAGUGGCUCUGAGACCCCGCAUUUACCGCAGUGCCUGAGCGGGGAUUUCGGGUCCAUGAAUCGAGCGGUCGCCUUUGCUCAGAAGCGUUUUGCUCUGAUUUUAGCCAUAACUAAGAUUGUACUGUGGCUACCCCUGAUGAUACAACUGCUCGUCAACCAUAUCACCAAACCUGAGAAGGUGUCCUUCGAGUCUCUAGGCUUCAUCCUGACCUUGCUGGCGGCCGCUAUAACGCCACUGUUUGUUCUAUCUGAACGAUGGAUUCAUCUGCCAUGUGGCUGCAUCAUCAACUGCAGAAACAGUGUGUACACAGUUGCCUCAGAGUCAGCUAAAGGAAAACGCAAAGGUUUUGAAUUCAACCUAUCAUUGCAACAAGGCUAUGGAAUUUACAAGAUAUCUCAAGCAAGUAACUGCACUGGCCGGGAAAGUAAGUCUCUGUCUUACCAGAACCUCACUGCUCACCAAACCGAUGGCUGCAAAUUUCUCCCUGCGGGGACAGAGGGAAUUCCGAGCGACACCCCAAUUGAGAUCAGCACCACUGCUCCGCUGGACAGCUCCCCACGGGCUCUGCCUGUCCAGGGCGCGGAUCCGCGCAAAGUCAGUGACCAGGACACUGGAAAAUCGCUCGCCAGCUCUACAGACGGCGCAGAAGGCAAACUGGCGCAGGAGGAAGGGCGCAAACCAGAACUUGUGGAUUGGGAAUGGUGCCGGAGUAAGUCAGAGAGGACUCCCCGACAGCGUCCCAGUGCUCUGUCGAUCCCUGUGUGUGCCUUUCAGGGAAUGGUGUCGCUGCACGCUCCCUCCACUGGCAAGACCCUCUCGCUUUCAACGUACGAAAUCAGCGGCGAGGGGCGAAAGAUCACUCCAGUGGCCAAGAAGGUGGAGGUGUACCGUUCCAAGAGUGUGGGCCACGAGCCCAGCAGCGAGGACUCGCCGGGGAAUCUGGCCAACACCAACGUCAAGAUCCAGCUGGAGGUCCUGGAGAUCUGCGAGAACGAGGAGGCGCUGGACACCGUCUCCAUCGUGAGCAACAUCAGCCAGUCCUCCGCCCACGCCCGCUCGCCCUCCCUGCGCUACUCCCGCCGCGAGAACCGCUUCAUCUCCGUCGACCUGGCUGAGUCGGCCUCCUACUCGCUGCUCAUCCCCACCAACCGCUCCGGCAGCGACAUCAGCAUCUCCAUCCCGGACACUGUGGAGGCUCACCGGCAGAACAGCCACAGGCAACACCAGGACAGAUCCGGCUACCAGGAAGAGAUCCAGCUCUUGAACGAGGCUUACAGGAAGCGGGAGGAAACAUCUAAAAAGUGCUGACCGGUGCAGGGACCAGUAUUACUUGGAUGGCAGUUGCAAAAGGUUGUACCCAAGCGAACACAGAGCACACACCAGUUAUGUGGCUUCCAGUGGUGGAAUGUUGAACCUAAACAACUGAAC